AUGGCCGACGACAGCUACCGAAAAGAGUAUCCCCAGCAGAGCCGCCCAGAAGACACUCACUCUCGACCCCAGUCACAUUAUCCCCCUCCGCCGGACACCGCCCAGCGGCCCUCCGACGCUCCUCCAUCCAGCAUGGCUACAUCAGUUACUUUGCCCUCUAUCCACGACUCCCGCAGUUACGGCCCGCCGCCUGCAGCUCCGGGACGUGGUUAUCCUGCCGACCCGCGAUACGCAUCUCCCAAUGCCGUCAAUGGCUACCCUCCUCCCGGCCAUCAGCCUCCGCCCGGUCAACCUCAACAGUACCUUCCGCCUUUGCAGCCGCAAUCUGAUCCCCGAUCUUCGGCCUAUCCUCCUCCGCCGCCGGACCAACGUGGUUACUAUGACGACCGCCGUCCACCAUACGGGCAAGAGGCGUACAGCACGGAACCUUACUACGCCUACUAUCGCGGACAGCCUCCUCCUCCAGGACCUCCACCGCCAAAUGGCCACCCAGGCUACCGCCACAUCCCCGCCGGCGUCUAUGAAUACCCAGUCGGACAUGGCAAUGCGCCUCCUCUGACACAGGCAGCCCCACGACAACGAACAUCAAUUGCUUGUAGAUAUUGCCGGAAGAGAAAGAUCCGCUGCAGCGGCUACCAGAGCGCCCCCGGUGGCAAGUGCCAGAAUUGCGCCCGUAUGAACCAAGAAUGUAUCUUUCAGCCCGUGUCUUCUUCAAGCUCGACAGCUUUUAUCCCCGUGUCAGCGCUCCCGGGAGGUGUACCCCCAGGCACUCAACUCUUUGGUGCCUAUGGGCAACCCCUUGCCCCAGGCACAGUCCCAGCACCUCCACCACCCCAUGCUGCUUAUCAGCAUGCUAGUGCCCCUCCCCCUCCUGGAAACUAUUACGCGCCUGUCCAGUCGCCUACAGAAUCCUUUUCGUCUUAUGGCGAAGCUAGGACCGAUGACGGCAGCCAGCUUGCAGGGCGACGACGUCGCAGGACGUCAGAAGAACAGGAUGAAGGCUAUAGACUGCCUCCUCCACGAAGUGCCGUGGACGAAGACCCGCGCAGAAGGUCUCCAGCAGAAUUUUCGAACCACAGUAGCCCAGGUGGAGUGGGGUACCCUCCGUAUCAAGGUGCAAGACAAAGCCCACGAAACCCAACGAGCGGCAGUUUGCCUCAAGCUGCAACAGCCGGUAGUUAUACAGCUUCUGCACCUGGCGGUCGUUCCCCGACAGGCCAAAAUGGGUCAAGUGGUGCGUCCACCCCUGCGAGGCAGGGACAGCAGUCCCAAGGAGGAAAUGCAUCGAUCAUGAGUCUGAGCAACUUGGUAGAUAAAAGUGAUAUCGACAAGACUAUGAUUGAAAGGCUUAAUCGACCUGCACCUGGUCAGCCUGGCGCACGGCGAGAUGUCAGCCGCUAA